UCCUCCCCCUGCCUGCUCUUCCCCCUGUGAUGUCACAAUGACUCCAAACAGGAAAUGCUCUGCGAAGCCACAGAAAUAGGAACUAGAGCAGUGAGAACAAUGUGCAUGUGAAAGGGGAAGCAUGCAAGCUACGGAGAAGGAUGCAUUGUGUUCCGGCGGCACUGGCUGGUCAGACAGCAGUCCCACGAUGACGGAUUCUCGGCCCGAGUCCCCUCAGGCUACGAAUAAGACGCAGGCGUUUGACUUGUUCAACUUGGUCGUCGCUUACAAGAGGAUAGAAGUUUAUCUGGAGCCGCUCAGAGACGCCUGGGAUGUGAUCAGAUACCUGUUGAGGUGGCAAACUCCCAUUUUAUCACUACUUACAUUUUUCAUAGUCAAUGUCCUGCUGCUGACUCUAAAUGAAGUUGCCUGGUUCUCUGUGGGAGCCCUCCUCGUCUCCAUUCCUGCGCUUAUUGGAUAUCUGCAGGAGAUGUCACGCAAACGCAUUCCUGAAGCCGAGCUGGCCAGGAGGAAAUAUUACUGUGUGCAGCGCGAGGAUCUGCAGAAAGUGAAACUCACUCGGCAAGAGGCAGUGGCCGAGUUCAAGAGCUUCUUAAUACAGCUUGAAGGCGUACUCAAUGUCAUGUGUGGCACCUGUGAGAGAGCCUACCAUGUCUUGUACUGGCAGAACCCUUCCGCCUCGUUUCAGUUGUACGGAUUGCUCCUGGGAUCUGUUUGCAUUAUCUAUCUCAUGCCCUUGUGUUGGGUUUUGACUAUUCUGAACAGCACCUUGUUCCUCAGGAACGCUAACUUCUACAGAGUGGUCGCAGAAUGCAAGGCAUCUUUGCAGCAAAGAAGUGGCAGUGAGCCGUUGUUGCUAGAACCAUCACAAGUAACGCAAGAGGCUGAAAACAUUUCUAUUGUGGAGCGGACUCCCACACCCCCAGUCCCAACCAGUCCAGAAUUCUCCUCCUGCUCGGACAGCUCAGAGUUUACAAGCCAUAAACUGGACCUCUCUCCGGGGAGUGUAGAGGAAGCAGAGGAAGCUGAACCUGAUGAUGAAUUUAAAGAUGCUAUCGAGGAACAACUGAUAACCAUGGAGGAUGAUGAUGUGUCCCAAUGCGCUUCAGAGUAUGAACUGAUCCAGGAUAAUGGUUUCCUAAGCAGGAAUGAUGCCAUAAAAAGCAAAGUCUCCAAACUGACAGAACGGCUGCGAAAGCGAUACCCUACUAAUAACCUGGGUAACUGUUAUGGAUGCAAUGCACCCUUUUCGAUACUACUGAAAAAGAGGCUGUGCUGCAAUAACUGUGGAAACAGCUUCUGUUCAAGGUGUUGUUCUUACAAAGUCCCCAAAUCAGCAAUGGGAGCCACAGCGCCAGAUGCACAGAAAGAAACCGUGUUUGUAUGUGCUCCAUGCAACCAGGUAUUGAGUAAAUAGGACCUGUGUUCUCCAUGGCCAUGGAAUGGAACCUUCUCAUGAUACCUCUCACCACUAGAAUUAGGAGAUGGACACUCUGGUGUGAGUGGGAUGUACACCGAAUAUCUUCAUGUGUUUGAUCUACUUAUAUUAUGUGUUCUGUCUACAUUCUGUACAUCUGUAUAAAUGUAUAUUGUAUAAAGCGAGACGUUAUCACAGGAGCUGUUUUAUAUAGAAAAUGUCUUAUGUACAUUUGCAUUUCUAUUACAUGGAAUUACCAUAAGAAUAUUUUUAAUACUUGAAGCAGCCACCUUAUAUACGUAAAGAUGGAACGACACGCGUUUUGGUCAGCGUCAUCAUCCCGGUAUGCGAUACACUGCUUUGUCACGCUUGUGUUUUCAUCCCAGCCUUUAGAUUAGGCCGCAAAUUAGAUAAGCUAGCACAAGUUAUAGGACAUUCAGAAGACAAGUAGUGGCGUUUGCUAAAGGCCUUUAUUAUCCGGAUAUAAUCUUUAGAGCAGCAGGCUUAAUGAUUAGAUUCACACAGGCAGCCGGUGCAGAGCUAGAAUCCAUGACUUUGUGAACUGAACUGUGUCAUCCUCUGCUAAUUUGCCACAAUGUGGCCGUCGCUGCCUCCUCCGUACCCUUAAAACAUCACUGUCAGUUAGUUAAUAACCGCAUGCUAGAUUUGCAGAGUGUGCAGAAAGUUUGCAGACAGAUAGCGGCUGUUAUGAGGAUGGGGCUUGUCUAUAUUUGAAAGGAUGUCACUUGUCGGGAUUCAACCACAGAUGACGCGAAUCCUUAUUUAUUGCCCAGAGUUUUUGUUAUGUUUUUCGGUUAACUAUUUUAUAACAUGAGAUAUAGGAUCUAGGAUGUAAAGUAUUAAAAACAUGUUUGUUUUUGUUUUUUUAUAUAACACUGUUUUUUGUAUAUAUAGUGUAUUAC